CAUUUUCCUCGUUCAAAUUCUCGGUACGGAGACGCACUUUUCUCGUUCAUUUGUUCUUCCUCAGAGCGGCUAUUUUGCUCACACAACUUCUCAGCUCUCUCUAUCAGAUGAAGCAUGUUUUUGGAAGUGGAACUGAGAAGGGAUGUGGCUAUGUGCACUGGACACUUGAGUGGAUUGAUUCCACACCAACAGAUUGUGCGUAGACUGCUUCAAGAUCUAAUGAGCGAGAAAGCGUGCGAGGAACACGGGUUCUAUCUUGCGGUCACCAGCCUGAAAAACAUCGGGAAUCCGAACCUUCUAGAAGACGACAAUGGCGGCGGCUGGUCUUACAGACCCGUCACGUUUCCGGUCUCGUUCACUUGCCGGACGUUCUUGCCCAGGAGAGGAGAGGUCUUGAAAGGUGUGGUCCAACGGGUUUUUCGGAAUGGGGUCUUCAUAAGCUGCGGCCCGAUCAGAUACGCUUACCUCUCGGCCAUCAAAAUGCCGGGUUACCAUUACCUCGACAGAGACGAGAAUUUGUGUUUUCGGAAAGAAGAUUGCUCGAAGAUCGAGGUGGGCGUCGUGGUGCGGUUCAAGGUGUUGGCGGUGAGGUUCAAUGAGAGACAGAACAAGAAAAGGAACGACUUUUACGUGCUUGCGACCAUUGAAGGCAAAUCGUUUGGACCCAUCUCUCUUGCAGGACCUGAUGAACCCUACAUGUGAUUCUGUAUAUAUAUAUAUUCCCACAAGACAAACCCUUUCGAGUCUUCGUAUGUUUUUUUAAGAUUCAGUUUCCUAUUGGUUUUUAUGUACUUCGUUAAACAAGUAAUACACACACACAUAUAUAUA